AUGAAAUACACACUAGCGAUCGUUGGUGCACUUUUCUCACUUGUGUCAGCUCUGCCAGCAGAGACGACGACAGCUUUGAGCGAGCGUGCGCCCGAUAUCGCCCAGCAAGCCGGUCCUCAAAAGUGGGGCGAUGCAGUAGGCAACACACACUGCUAUUUGCGUGCCGAUCUCGAUAAAACAAGUCAGCCUGCUCUGUUUGACUUCACUGCCGAUUGGAGUCAUAAUCGCCAGACCUACAACUAUAUAAACAUCUAUACAGACUCCUGGGGUCAGUUUCCGGCGGUCAAGCUGCUCACAGGACCGGAUCGCAACUUUGCCAAAUUCGACGUGUCCCACUCGAACAAGUAUGGCACAUGGCGCUGGGUCAUCGCUGCCAUCUAUCAUACAGACAAGAAUCAGCUCACGUUCGACGUCGAUCUCGUGAAUACGGAGAUUUACGGCUCGCACCUCAAGGCGUGCUGCUCGUUCGGAGUCACUUGCGCGGAUGAGAACGGCGUUCAGCAGGAUUACACGAGCUUCGGCAACGGUGACUGCAACCUCGUCGUCCUUGUCCCCCACGCCGCCACGUCGUCACCAUGGCAUCUUGUUGCCAUAUUGCGGCCUGACUUUCGGCUUUGCCUCUCUUCCAGCCAACGAAUGAAGGUCACAGCAGCUGUGGUCGGUCUGCUCUGCACACUUGUGUCAGCUUUGCCGGCAGAGACGACGAAGACUCUGAGCGAGCGUGCACCCGAUAUCACUGAGCGAGACGGCUCGCAGAGAUGGGGCGGCACAGUAGGCAACACACACUGCUAUUUGCUUGCCGAUCUCAACAACACAAGUCAGCCUGCUCUGUAUGAUUUCACUCUUGACUGGAGCUAUAGUCGCCAGACCUACGCCGACAUAAACAUCUAUACAGACUCUUGGGGCCAGUUCCCUGCAGUGGAAUUGCUCUCAGCAAUUGACCGCACUUUUUCCAAAUUCGACGUGUCGCAUUCGAACGAGUAUGGCACAUGGCGAUGGGUCAUCGCUGUCAUCUGCUACUUCGAAGACGGCCGUCUCAGAUUCGAUGUCGACUUCAAAGAGACGGAGAUUUACGGCUCGCGUCUCAAGAAGUGCUGCUCAUUCGGAGUUACUUGUGCGGAUGCAAAUGGCAUCCAGCAGGAUAUAGGCAAGGAAUGUGCCUGCUUGAAAUAA